GAACUUCUGGUUUCCUGUAAUGAGAGUAAAACUAACUGGAGGAACAUUGAUGGCGACGCAUUUCGUAAACUACUAAACUUUUCUAAACAACAGAAUAUUUCUUCUUGUAAGAGUGAACACAGCUGAUCUUCACUCACAGUGAUGUCAUCCUCCAGUGAUCCAAUGACUGAAGAACUUCUGUGUUCAAUCUGUCUGGAUGUGUUCAAUGAUCCAGUCAGCACUCCAUGUGGACACAACUUCUGCAAAACGUGUCUGAAUGAGUGUUGGGUCCAAAGAACAAAUUGCAUCUGUCCAUUAUGUAAAGAUACAUUCAAGCAGAGACCUGAUCUCAAGAUUAAUACAACACUCAGAGACGUUGUAGAUCACUUUAAGAAGAAAUCUCAUGAAGAACAACCUGAAUCUGAAGUUGUGUGUGACAUCUGUACUGAAGGAAAGCUGAAGGCUGUGAAGUCGUGUCUGGUGUGUCAGAUCUCUUACUGUAAAACUCACCUGGAGUCUCAUUUGAGAGUGUCAGGAUUACAGAAACACAAACUGAUUGAUCCUGUGAAGAAUCUGCAGGAUUAUAUAUGUCAGAAACAUGACAGACCUCUGGAGCUCUUCUGUAGAGAUGAUAAGACAUGUGUGUGUCUGUUCUGCACUGAAGGAGAUCACAAGAAUCACAACACUGUUCCUUUAGAAGAGAUUCAGCUGUCGAAUAUACAGACAGACGUACAGCAGAUGAUUCAAGUCAGAAUCAAGAAGAUUCAAGAUAUCAAACAUUCAGCAGAACUCAAAAGAAGAAACACAGAGAAGGAGAAAGCAGCCAGUGUGGCGGUCUUCAGUGAUCUCAUGCGCUCCAUUGAGAGAUAUCAGUCAGAACUGCUGGAGAUGAUGGAGGAGAAGCAGAAAGCAGCAGAGAAACAUGAUGAAAAUGUCAUUAAAGAUCUGGAGCAGGAGAUCACUGAACUGAAGAAGAGAAACAUUGAGCUGGAGCAGAUCUCACACACUGAACAUCAUCUACAACUCAUACAGACUCACUCAUCCAUGUGCAGACAUUAUAAUACAGUAAACUGGACUGAGGUCAAUAUGAAGAGUCUUGUGAGUGUGGAGACGAUUAGGACUGAACUACAGGAGAAACUCAGUGAAGCUGUGUUGAAGUGGAUGCAGCAGUAUGCAGUGGAUGUGACUCUGGAUCCUGAUACAGCUCAUCCUCAACUCAUACUGUCUGAUGAUGAGAAACAAGUGAGAGAUGGAGACAUUAGACAUAAACUCCCAGACAACCCAAAGAGAUUUGAUAGAUGUGUAAUUGUUCUGGGAAAGGAGGGAUUCUCAUCAGGGAGAUUUUAUUAUGAGGUUCAGGUGAAGGGAAAGAGUGAAUGGGAUUUAGGAGUGGCCAGAGAAUCUGUUAACAGGAAGGGAGAUAUCACACUGACACCAGUGAAUGGAUUCUGGACUGUGGUGUUGAGGAAUGAGAAUAAAUAUAAAGCUUGUGCUGAUCCCUCUGUCUCUCUGUCUCUGAGAGUAAAGCCACAGAAGGUGGGUGUGUUUGUGGAUUAUGAGGAGGGUUUGGUUUCCUUUUAUGAUGUGGAGAACAGAUCUCAUAUCUACUCUUACACUGAUCAAUCUUUCACUGAGAAACUCUAUCCAUAUAUUAGCCCUUAUUUGAAUGAUGAAGGUAAAAACUCAGAGCCAUUGAUCAUCACACCUGUCAAUUAAACUCAUGAUUUUUUUAUAUCUGAAAUACUAAACAAAAGAACACUUUCUAUGAUUAAAUAAAAAGGAUUAAGUAGAAUUAGAUACAAUUACGAUUUUUCUUUUUUCUUUUCCAUUUUAAAACAUACAAUACUACUGUAUGUGUAGAUUAUGUUUAAAGUGUAAUGUUAAUAUUUCAUUAGCUGGUUUUCUGAUAUAUAAUAAAUAUGUAUGUACAUUUUGAUUUACAUUUAAAUUAGCCAAGUUAAUGACAAUUAUCUUUUUUUAUUGAGACUAUUUCUCAAAAAUACACUAGAAAUAUUCAUAAAUACACUGUACACUAAAGACUAAAUGUGUUUUAUGUGUCAAUGGUACAGUACAGCGAUGAAAUCAGAGGUUAUUCCUCACAGGAGCGUCUGGACCAUUAGUGUGACACACACGUGAGAAAACAAGAGAUGUUUUUCUGUCACAUUCAAACUCAGUGUUAUACUUGCUGUCAAUAAACAGAACACAGGA